AUGCCUCCGAGCAGUGGCACAAACCGGAUGGCCCAGUACGCCAGGAAUGCGUCCAUGGACUCGGCCCCCAUUUCGAACGGAAACAACAGCCAGCCGAACAAACAGCCAGCCGAACCAACUGGGUUUCCUACUCGCCAGGCGAUCACCGAGUCCGCAAGGCUACCUGCCCCCAAGCCUCUCGCAUCUGCCAUAUCCUUGGCCUCCCAUAUCCGCCAGUCUGAGCGGCCAGGUCUUGCCCAACCUCCAUCUGCACCCAUGCAGUCUCGUCAGCAAUUGCCCGGUAGCUCCCCGCCUGCAAAGCCACGAAAGCGAUCCAAUUCGCAAAGCAGCGAUGGGCCUGGUUUCUGGCCCGAGUCUCACAUAGAUAGUCAGUUCGGCUCGCCUACCACCCAACGCACCGAACGGUACGACGCUGGUAUCGACGACCGCCUUGGUUCCCUGCCGCCCUCGCUGCAAGCCGCCGCCGAAGCGCCCGCGAUGCCCAAGUUUGAGAAUAUGCAGCAAGCAAUGGAUGACGGCGCGAUGCCCUUCAUCAUUGGCAAGGACGGCUCAAUGAGACUGUUGCCAAAGAACCAGGGACAUGGCUUGCCUAUCACGCGUGGCGGCACGCUUCACUCGAGAGUGGAGCAGCAGCCCGAGCAAGAUGCAUACUCGAGCGAACCCAUCUACAACUCUCCUUCGCAGCGCCAAACAAGGGUUGCUAUUCACGCCACUGCCGUGAAGCGACCAUACGGACCCUCCGCCUUCGAGGACGACGAGGAGGUCUUCUCUGACUCUCCAACCCGCAAAGUCCCACAGCGUCAGCAAAAUUUGAGGCGCAUUGUCAGAAGAGACAGGGCUCCGGAGUCCUGGCGGGCCGAACUCUUUCCGGAGGAAGAAGAAGUCGAAGGCAGCCUGGCUAGCGAUUAUCCUAUUACUGAAGACGAUCAUGGUACUCCUCGGGCCAGUCGUAAGAAGUCUGUGCUCAUGGAGGCGGCCCUCCUUGAAAGCUCACUACCAGCUGCGGCCCGCAGCCAGCAAAGCAAGUCGCGGAAGCGAGGUCGUGAUAAGUGUGACUAUGCAGAUGACGAACUCCAGGGGAUGACAUACUCCCACCUGCGCGAGCAACCUUUCGACGAAGAUCCAGCCAAGACAUCCCUCCCAACGGCUACGCCUCUAAAUGGUGACAGUCUUUCAGUCAAGCUAGAACAUUACAAGGGCCAGCGCGAAUCCGACCAGAGGCACUUCUUUAGUCAGAUGACUGUCGGCGACUGGGAACGCUCGGGUGAUUGGUUUCUGGAUCAGUUCGGCCUCGUUACCCAGAAGUUAAAAGAGGCACGUAAGGAAAAGCGAGACAUGGUUGAUUGUUUCGAAACCGAAAUUGCCAACAGGGAGGAGGCAGUUCGUGUCCGGACCGAGAACAUUACAAAGAAACUAAGCAAAAUCAGACACAAGGGUGAAGAUAUGUUGGCAGACAAGGAGGUUUGA